AGUUUGAAGUGAAUUCAUGAACCUUGAUCUUCGUCUUGGUUCGCCAUUGCAUUGGCAUUGGCUUUUCCUAUUUCGAUGAAGCGCUUGUAAUAUCAUUGUUGACCUCUGGGCAUUUAUAAAACCGAGCAAAUAAGAGUGAAAACUACUUCUUCGUGCAUGUAGUGUUAACGUUGUGUGUGGAUCUCCUCAAUUUCACCAUGUUGUCACGUUUGAGGUGGACAGUGUCCUCUGGUCAGCGUUGCACAUCUCUAAGGACUCGUCCCAGUGUCUCUGGGCGAAUGUAUUGUAGUUCUCACGCCGAAGAGCUUCAAAGUGCUGAAGUAGACGAUACCAGAAAGAGUUUGGAGAAGGAGGACAUUCACAGAAGUGUCCUGGAGCUUGGAAGUACCCCUGUCCCUAAAUCUUACGUACUGCCUACAAAAAAGCUUAAUUCUGCUCAUUGGCUGAAGAAAGAGCUGCAUUCAGAACUCCAGAAAGGGCGUACAUUUUCUCGUCCCCAAGUCUUACAUGUGGUGAAGUGUUACGAUAGAGCACUGAGAGAAUGUCAAGGUGGCAAUACAGAUAAGAUCCAUGUCCUUGGACUGCUCAACAACAACUACGUUCACAAUGCAAUAGACCGCGGUGGUAUCAUUCCAGCGGAGGAGUGUUCAGCUUUGGUGCCGUCAGUUCGGAGAAUCGUGGAGUUUUCUGAAGGGAAUAUUGAAUUCUGGCGAAGAUGGCUUCAGUCACUACUGCAGUCUAUUGCCACAUCCAAGUUCUUGGACAAUGUUGAAGAUUCCUCCAAAUUGGAAGAGUUCCUUGAAGCUCUGGUCAUGCAGAGGUCUUGGCCUAGUUUCCAGCCGUUCCUUCAGACUUUGCAACCUGCACUGCCUGUAGUGAUGUCUCGUGCAGACGAGGUUCCAUCUGAUUUACUGAUCUCACUGGGCCGCAGUCUGUUUACAUCGUUCCAGCAGCAGCAGCAGCACGUUCCACUCUCCCCUUUCGACUCGGCACUUACUCAACCAUCUUCUUGCCAACUGCAGCAGGACUACCAAGAGUCGGUGCUUCCAGAGCUGUGUUUCCGAGCCCUAGACUUCUCUCCCGAGCAGGUAUGUAGCUUUGUCAAGCUAUGGUCCAAGAUUGGCUUCACCGUGCCAUUUCCUGCCGACGUUGUGAAGUCUCAUUUGGAUGUAUGGCCCGUUGGGCAACCAGAAGAUUUAGCAGCUCUGAUGGCUACUCUCUCUGUUCUUGUGGAAGGCGGUGGUAAUGGCAAGUAUGGCAUUGACGUGAAGGAGCUCCUGAAAACCCAUGCAGCUGCACUGAAGAAGCUACCAGGCUCAGUUGCUAUGCACUUCAAGAGUACUAUUCCGUAUUUUCCCUGGGAUGCAAAGAUACAAAUGCUGAGAUCUCUUGUGAACUAUUCGACUGGUGCUUCUAUUCCGACAUCUGUGGAGAUCCUUCAGCUGCUGUCUGCCUGCAAUGUGCAUGAUAGUUCGCUUUUUGUAGAUGUGUUGUCGCUGAUUACGUCCGCCAAAGAUCCAUCGCCAAUGAAAGAUGCAGGUCACUUGUUGACGAUUGCACGCACUGUGCCACAUCACGUGGGCCAGCCGCUGCCCAACCGAAUCAUGUCACCCAAGGAAUGGUCGUUUUGGAACUUCUACCACAAGCAUCUACUGGAGAGUACUGUUGUUCGUUUGGAGCAUGCAGUGGAAAUCUUCAACUGUCUGAAAUCCGCAUCAGCUGCUUACAAACUGGUGACUGUAUGUGGCAUUAAGCGGGCCUCGGUUUUCGACAAGGAAGCUGAGGAGAGGGUCUAUGAGGCAACCAGUCAUGCCUUGGUUGAGAUCUUUACCACUUACCCUCCGCAUUGGACGCAGAGGCAAAGCUUGGCAAUGGAAAAGCUCUUUUCGAAAACGGUUGCGAAGAUUGUGCACGACAUCUUCAGGCGAGGUCUCGCGCUGCCGCAUUGCUGCCUCGAUCUUGUUAAUCUUCAUGAGAAAGUUGAUAAGACAAACGUGUUCGGUGUACCACAUGAGGUGCUGCAUCUUAUCCAUGCCGUUGUUGGAGACAUGCCACUGAGAAGAGUUUUGGACUUGUUACGCUUGACUGCUGAUAUCAAAAAGCAAACGAAGUAUGUCUUCCUUCCCGACAUUCUGGAAGAGAUCGGAAAGCGUAUUGUGGCCUUGUCGACAUAUGAGUAUGUAUCAGCUCACCACUGUACUAGUCUCCUGAGCGAAGUGUAUGUGCUGAGCCAGGCCGCUCAUGACAGCAGUGCCGCCUCGAAUCAAUGCCAACCCUCGGAUCAGCAGUCUCAUGUGCCAGCGCCAGCAACGCCUGCAUCAGCCGGUGCCAGUCCACUGCUGCGCACUGUGUAUGCGCGCAUGUGGCCGAAACUGGAGGCUGCACGAAGAAGAGAUCUGUUCAGCUUGGAGGAGCACGCUGCUGUCUUGGCCAACGCUUGGCAGAAUGAUAUACCCGCUGAACAAAGCCAGACGAUUUUACUGAGGCUGCUGAUAAACUAUGCCAGCUUGAGAGCACCAACUCCAAGUGAUCAAGAGCUGGUUUUGGAAGCAUUGACAUCCUAUACCUCCUGUGGAAGGUUUAGAUGUGUGGAAGUGCCCACAGAGCCCCACUGGCAACAGUGGCAUGAGACCCUGGGUUCUGCAGUCACGUCCCUUCUCCAAGCUGUGGAACGUCUCGAUGAUCAUGAUGGCAAAGGAGUGCAGUACCGUGAGACCUUGGCGCUCAUCUGUGCACAUCUUGGAAUAUCUGGUCCUAAGUUGGAGGAGUUGCUACUGUCACAGGCUCUGUGCGAUGCAUCGCCCAAGAGCGUUCCAGUACUGGCUGUCGGUAGAAAUUCAAUGCCAGUGCUGUGGAACUUUACCGAUGGUGUUGCCAAGCUCCCACCGUCGUUGAUGGAUAUCGUCAAGCAUUGCCACUUAGCGCAUGAUUUCUUUACUGAUGGCUCACCCUACAUGCGCACUGCAUUGCAAGGACUCGCCACACCGCUUAUCGCCGUUCUAGAUCGCGUACAUGAUGGUUACAUGCACGACUGCGGCUCAGAUUUACUGGAUGUGGCCAUGGCGAAAACGUUUGAACAUUUAGUGCCAGUGUGGAAAGAGCAUUUCAGUGGUCUGUUUGAGGACUUGAAUUUGCUUGACCUCUGUGCCCUGCUCAAGUUGCUUCGCUUGUCCAGCCUCAGCCCUGACCGUCUGCCUGUAUAUCACAAGAUACUCAGUUCUGCCGUGUGCUUUCACCAUGAUCAACUUGGACAAAUGAACUCUCAGGCCAUGGGGCAUGUUCUGUCGGAGAUGUGUGCAAGUGAAGUCUGCUACCCAGCUGUUGUGCAGAAGGUAGCUCCGAAGCUGAUCUGGAUGCUGCAUAACGGCGGCCCAUCUCUUGUUACCUUGCCGCUUAUCAACAGUAUUCUCACGUACAUGAAAACCGCAAAUAUCCAGGAUGAAUCUGCUCUGGUACAAGCAAGGCUCUGUGUCUCUAGCUUGGUGGAAGGAAACCUUGGCUACUUGCAGGAGGCAUCGCCAAUGACUACACAUCUUGCUGAAUGUAGCUUCCUCUUGGCCCAGCACGGUGUACCGUAUAAGGCCGACCCGAACGUGCUGCACCAGCUGCACACACUACCUCGCGUAUCACUGAUUGUUAGCAGUCUCCUCAACGCCCAGUCAUGCCAUACCAUCUCCUAUGACAAGUCUGUGCAGAUGUUGCAUGACUUGGAAAUCUAUGAUAAGGACGCUUCAAUACCAGCGUUCUUACCGUGGUGUCUGUGUUUGUACUUCUACACAACACCGUACAAGACUGAUGCCAAACUCAACAGCAUACUCAGCCUUACCAUGAAUGUCCGUCAUAAGGAGGUCAUAGCUUCUGCAGCAUUCAAGUGGCCAGAGCUGGACGUAAUGCGCUCCAUGUCGGCAAUGUUGGCGCAAGCACUUGAUGGGCCUGUCUCCACGCAAGUGAAACUAGCUGGUGUUGUGCGUGUGCCAUUCGUCGCCGCGCUGUCGGCAGAUGGAACUGUGCUACCUCAAUCUGUGAACUCGACUGGGCACAUUGUGUGGCCGGAUGACACCGUGCAUCAUGUUGCAUGGCUUGUGAUGCCAGAUGCCAGGCCGGAUGGGAGCAUACCUAUCGAUGCUCAGACCAUUGUUGACUUUGAAGCAAAUCUUCUCGAAGCUAUUGGCUGGAAAGUGAUGAUGGUUGUUGCCAAGGAUAUUACAAAUGCGAAGGUGUCACCCAAGAGCUUAGUCAGUGACCUCUCAGCUAAGUUGAAGAUACAGAUUGCCAAGGAGUCAGCAUUGACAAGUAGGAACAUUGAUUCAUCUGCUUUGCUCAGUGUUGCUCGAUUUGCGUAGGACAUUCUGCUGGUCUCAUCACUUGUAUUGACUUUUUAUUGCUCGCAUGUAUGUUUUUUCAUUCUUCUUUUUUUGCCAUAGCUCAUUCCUCUGCUGGACAGAGUGGUGUUUAACCCCCUUGCACGAACCCAACCACGCACUAAGUGACUUGACUUGUUGCUAAUAGAGAUGCUGUCGACUUAUAUCUGUUUCUUUCAAUUUAUUUACACUUCUUUUUAAUCCAGAAGAAAGGACCAAAGGUUGAAAUGUUAUCCGUAGUGGUCCAACGAA